AUGCCGCCCUCUCACUUUAAGCGGGGGCUGCUGUCCCUGAAGCAGUCAGUUGGCACCAGCCGUCGCUGUCGUGCUUGUCUGAACGGGAGUUGGUGGCGGGGUUUGGAGUGUCGUGACACGGAUGCUGACUCGUUGUGCUGCCAGCUGUGCCACAGAAACGGGGGCCUUCAGCAGAAGAGCAGGACAGAACUCUCGGAUGACUUUGAUGAGCUCGUGGUGAGUAACAGUGAUGUCAUGCUCAAAAAUAUUGCUGAAGAUUUGCGGAGUCGUUUGCCCAUCGAGGCAAUGUUCAAUUCAGAACAUCAAGCUGUUCAGAAGAUACACCAGCAUCCACUGCCCAUGAUUCAUGUUGAUGCAUUCCUUUAUGAUGAUGAUUUUGUUGAUUCAUUGUGUGAAGAGGGGAAAAUGAGUAGGAGCUACUGCACAGAGUGUGGCUCAUACAAGACAGCAUCUUUAGAGUUUAUUUCGCAUUCCUUUUCCCUCAUGGAACUGAAGUUUCUUUAUCAACAUGUACUGCCUGACCUGACAGGAAAGGUAGUGGUUGACGUUGGCUCCAGACUUGGUGCAGUGCUAUUUGCGGGUUAUCUUUAUAGCUCAGCAUCCCAACUAUAUGGAGUAGAAAUGAAUGCAGACUUUUGCCAGUUGCAAGAAAUUAUGAUUACAAAAUACCAGUUCAUUGACAGAAUAAAGGUGAUUCAUGCAGACAUUCGUACUCAGGCUUCACUUCUUCAGGAGGCUGAUGUUGUUGUAAUGAAUAAUGUUUUUGAAUAUUUUCUUGACAGACAGGAACAGGCCAGAGCUUGGGACUUUAUUGCUGGUAAUGUAAGGAAAAGAGGCUCCUUAUUAGUGACAGUUCCGAGCCUUGAAGAAUCACUCUCAAAGCUCCAGACUGAUGUACAGCUCAGCCAGUGGGUCGAAGAGAUGGAGCUAAGCUAUGAUGUGUGUAUGGAAAAGGAUGUUGACAGAGAAGCACUGGAACAAAUACAUUUAUACAAAAUUCUCUAG